UUUAAUUAAAAGAAGGAGCGGGCGAGGGAGAGACCAGAAGAGGCGGCUGUUCCAGAUGGAGCCUGGGGAGCUGGGAGCUGAGCAGUGAUCGCUGGGGCGGAGAGCACCACCGGCAGCAUGGAGCGUGCCUACUGCUUCCUGGGGUGUCUGCUGCUGGCCGCAGGGGGGCCCCUGGCCGCCGCCAAACGAUUUCAUGAUGUGCUGGGCAAUGAAAGAACUUCUGCUCAUAUGAGGGAGCACAACCAAUUAAAUGGUUGGUCUUCAGAUGAAAAUGAUUGGAAUGAAAGACUCUAUCCGGUGUGGAAAAGAGGAGACCCGAGGUGGGAAAAAUCCUGGAGAGGAGGCCAGGUGAAGGCAGUUCUGACCAGUGAUUCCCCAGCCCUGGUGGGCUCAAAUAUAACGUUUGUGGUGAACCUGGUGUUCCCCAGAUGCCAAAAGGAAGAUGCCGAUGGCAACAUCGUCUAUGAGAAGAACUGCACAGACGGAGCAGGCCCCUCCGCUGACCCGUACGUUUACAACUGGACCGCGUGGGCCGAGGACGCCGACGGGGGCAAUGGCAGCAGCCACAGCUACGGCGAGUUCCCGGACGGCAGGCCGUUCCCGCACCACCACCGCCGCCGCCACCGCCACCACCACGGGGGGAGCAAGUGCGGCUUCGUCUACGUGUUCCACACGCUCGGUCAGUAUUACCAGAAAUUGGGACGGUCCUCAGCCAGUAUUUCUAUCAACACAACCAACGUGACGCUUGGCCCGCAAGUCAUGGAGGUAGCUGUCUACAGAAGAGACGGAAGGGCAUACGCUCCCGUUGCAGAAGCGAAAGAUGUGUACCUGGUGACAGAUCAGAUUCUUGUGUUUGUGAAUAUGUCCCAGAAGAAUGAUCGAAAUGCCUCUGACGAAACCUUCCUCAGGGACAUUCCCAUUCUGUUCAAUGUCCUGAUCCAUGACCCCAGCCACUUCCUGAGUGGGUCUAUCAUUAGCUACCGGUGGAACUUCGGGGAUAAUACUGGUCUGUACAUUUCCAACCAUCGCACUUUGAACCACACGUACGUGUUCAACGGGACUUUCAGCGUGAACCUCACUGUGCAGGCGGCAGUGCCUGGACCUUGCCCGUCACCAACCCCCAGACCUCCAAAACCCACCCCUUCUCUGCCCCCCACGGGGGACGGCCUGCUGGAGCUGAGGGAGGGUCUGGACGAAGACUGCCGGAUUGACCGAUACGGCCACUUCAGAGCUGUCCUCACAAUCGUCGAGGGCAUCCUAGAGGCGAGCAUCGUGGACGUGACAGAAGUUCUGCCGCCCCUGCCGCCGCCCGAGGACCCCCUGGUGGACUUCCUGGUGGCCUGCGAGGGGACCAUGCCCACCGAGGUCUGCACGGUGGUGUCUGACCCCUCCUGCCAGCUCGCCCAGAACACGGUCUGCAGCCCCGCGGAGGCGGCCGCGGGCGCCGCCUGCUUGCUGACCGUCCGGCGGGCCUUCCGCAGCCCCGGGACCUUCUGCGUGAACCUCACUCUGGGCGACGACGCCAGCCUGGCCCUCGCCAGCACCCUCGUCUCCGUCCGGGGCAGGCGCCCGGGCUCCCCGGCGAGGAUGGCAGGCGGUGCCCUGGCCGCCGGCUGCGUGGCCGCAUUGGUCGCCGUCAUCGCCCUCGUGGUGCACAGAAAACGCAAGGAAUACAAACCGAUAGACAACAGCGCUGGGGUCCGAGGCAAAGGCCUGACUGUCUUCCUGGAGCACGCCAAGGUCAAGUUCCUCCCCGGCAGCCGGGAGAAAGACCCCCUGCUCAAGAACCAGCCGGGACUCCUUAAAGCUUCCGCCUGAUGUCUCCCCAGCAGCUCGCUCUUCGGUGCCUGUGCUCUUCCCGGUGAGCUGUGCUAGCGAAGAGGACUGUCGACUUUCUCCUGAGACACUGCUGUAAAAUAUGUACUGGGGUUAGGGAGGUGCACUGUUUUUCUAUAGAUUAAAUGGCAUUUUAGAGAAGUGGAGAGGAAUUAUAUGGCGCGCAGCCUCGGCCACGCUAUAGAACCGAUGGAGUCGGUCAGCCGUGCUUUCUUUCAUUAUGAUUUAUGUUUCACUUUUACUGUCUUCACAGGAUUAGUAGGAUAGACAUACCCUGUAGGGGGAGAAGGUACUCUUCAUCAGAGGGACCAGGUCACCUGGAAGGUGAGGCUGGACAUUUUCUAGCUUCCCAUGUACACACACGUGCGUACAGUCAAUGCACUGUCCUCCUGUCCCCCAGACCAUGCUCCCAGGUACCGGAGCCUAUUGCAAGGAGCAUGCACGAGCCCCCAACAGGACAACAGGCCACGCCCCUGCGAUGAUGCAGGUGCUUUUUAUGCUAAAAUAACAAUAAAUCUGAUCAGUGGGUGUGCAUGUUUUUGUGCCAGCCUGCCCUGCCCCGCUGUGUAAAGAAAUGGCAUCCAUUCGCGUAUCCCACAGACACGUCAUGCUCCCUGUGUGUCAGGCGUGUUGCUGCUCAGACGGGCCGGCCCUCGGUGCUGACGGGCUUGUGUGUGUGUGUGAGUUUCUAUGCACUCCAGCACAUUUACUUGAAAUUGCAUAUUGUGAUUUUCCAAAGGAGA